UACCAUAGAAAAAGAAAAAGAAGAAGAAGAAGAAGAAGAAGAUGAUGAAGAAAACUAAGAUGGCAAUUCAGGAAACUGUUAGCGGACGUUAGAGAAAUUGUCACCUGUAACUCGAUGAGUUGAGCGGCACAAAAACCUUUAUUAUCACAAUUGAUAAACGUUCCCUUCGAUUUAUUAACACCUGAUUUUAAUAACCAGAAACGGAACAAAAUGCCUUCUCCUAAAACCAAAAACAGUGCAAAUCGCAGCGCAGGUGGAAGCUCAGGUCUCAGUGGCAGCACCAACGGCAACGGACGCUACGAGUUCAUGUCGUUGAACCGAACCCCUCCACCCACCCUCCUCCAACGGCAGGGCUCCGACCCAACCGCUGCAGCCAGACUGCGGGCAUCUGAGAGCCCUACCCGGCGAAGGGGCUCCGGGUCCUCCACCUCCUCCAACACAGGCAUGCCCGAAGAGGAUUGUAUGCGGCUCAACCCUUCAUUUAUCGGGAUAGCCCUCAGCUCCCUCCUCGCCAUAGACCUGUGGCUUUCCAAGCGGCUGGGGGUGUGUGCCUGUGAAGAUUCCUCCUGGGGCAGUAUUAGACCAUUGAUGAAACUUAUAGAGAUUUCUGGACAUGGAAUACCAUGGCUGGUCGGGACAGCCUACGGCCUGUACAAGGCUGACAGUGCAGCAGGACAGGAGGUUAUGCUAAACCUCUUCAUGGCUCUCAUUCUAGACCUGAUCCUGGUUGGCAUGGUGAAAGCUGUCGUCCGUCGGCGCCGCCCGUCCCACAACCGCAUGGACAUGUUCGCCACCUUCUCCGUGGACCGCUUCUCCUUCCCCUCGGGGCACGCCACCCGCGCAGCCAUGUGUGCCCGCUUCUUGCUGGCCCACCUGGUCCUGGCUGCACCCCUCAGGGUGCUGGUGUUCUUGUGGUCUUGUCUGGUGGGGCUGAGCCGGGUGCUGCUGGGCAGACACAACGUGACCGACGUGCUGUUUGGCUUCCUAAUGGGCUACUGGCAGUACAACCUGGUGGAAAUGCUCUGGGUGUCAUCACUGGGCCUGCAGGGGCUGCUGGGACUCAUCCAGGGGUGAGGAGGAGGAGUGGAGAUUGAGGAGGGUGAAAGAGGGUGUGGUUGGUGGGAGACCCUGUCUCAGUAUGUUUGAAACAUUGACUGAUCCUGCCCCAUACUGACACUGGUAACUCAUAAUUUCAAGACUAACAACGGCAACAACAAAGGCUGCCACCCACUAAUCAUCCAUCCACAUGGAACUGCAAUCAGAAGCACCUACAGUAGGAGCAGGAUGCUCCUCUACACUGCAUCACAGCACUGCUGCAAAGACCUGGAACACUUUCCACUCUACUGUAUUUCGCUGUUGGAAAAAAAGUGUGUGUGGAAUAUUAAUGUGGUGUAAUAAGCCGGGGGGGUAGUGUUACCCCCAAUACAGUCUUCUGUUCUUCUUCCAGCUUUGGAGGUUUGGGGCUCUGCAGUGAUAUGAGAGAGAGGGAGAAAAGAGCAUAUUUUAUGGAGGAUUCAUUUUGUAUUGACUUAUUUUAAACUUUUACGGUAUGUAAGGCUGAAAAUUGAAUGGUAUGUCUUUUUUAUUUCCCACUGUGAAAUAUACACUGAACAAAAAUAUAAACGCAACAAUUUCAACGA